AGCAACAAAAUUAUCUUGCCCACAAAUGGAAAUCAACAAGCCGUCGCAUAAUUAUUAAAUUUAUUUACAAACGAGAGCUCGAGUGGAACAUUGCCAAAUUAUUUCUCGGUGGAGAAUAACAACUCGAUAAUUUUUGACAAAAAAAGAAGAUAAAACAAAAAAUGUUGCUGGAACUACUGGCGUUUGUUGUAAUUGGUGGUGUCGCCUUUUACUAUUGGGCCACCAAAAAUUCCGAUUUCUUCAAGAACCGUAACAUUGAAUAUGAGAAACCAAUGAUAUUAUUCGGCAAUAGCUGGGAGAUUUUGAUGAAACGUAAGACGGGCUUCCAGGUGCUCUGUGAAAUGCAUGAAAGGCACAAGGGCAUAGUCUAUGGAGCCUUUGAUAUGCGCGAGCCCGUGUUGAUGAUACGCGAUCCGGAACUGGUGAAACAAGUGACAACCAAAGAUUUCGAUCAUUUUGUAAAUCGUCAGAUUUUGACUUCGACUACAAGUGAGAAUCUAUUCGCCCACUCGUUGUUUAUGUUGGAAAACGAUAAAUGGCGUGACAUGCGGAGUACGUUGAGUCCAGCUUUUACGGGUAGUAAAAUGCGUCAAAUGUUUCAGUUGAUGGUGCAAACGGUCGAUGAGGCCAUGUCGUAUUUGAAAACCCAACAAACAUCUGUGGAUGGCAUCGAUGUGGAUGUAAAAGAUCUGACAACCCGAUUAACCAACGAUAUUAUUGCUUCGACGGCAUUUGGUCUGCAAGUGAACUCAUUCCGUGAUAAGGAGAAUGAAUUUUAUAUCAAGGCGAAGAGGGCUAUCAGUUUUACGGGGCUGCAACAGUUGAAAAUGCUGUUCAUUGUUAUUUUCCCCAAGGUGGCUGAGAAACUGAAAAUGGAUAUAUUUGAGAAAUCCUUUACCGACUACUUUAUGAAUCUCGUCUUGGGCACAAUGAAAUAUCGCCAAGAACACAAUAUACAUCGUCCGGACAUGAUAAAUUUGCUUAUGGAAGCCCGUGGCAUGAUACCCACGGAGGUGCAGAAAACCUAUUUCCGUCAAUGGACCGAUCUAGAGCUUGUGGCACAAUGCUUGCUCUUCCUAUUUGCUGGAUUCGAACCAUCAUCGGGGGUAAUGAGUUUUGCCGCCCAUGAGCUAAUGGAAAAUCCGGAAGUUCAACAAAAACUUUAUGAAGAAAUCGCUGAAAUCGACAAAGAUUUACAGGGUACACCGGUGUCAUAUGAAAUGUUACAGAAAAUGUCCUAUAUGGAUAUGGUGGUAUCGGAGGUUCUGCGCAAAUGGCCAGUGGCGGGGGUGACAGAUCGUAUAUGUAAUAAAGAGUUUGAAUAUGAAUCGAAGGAGACGGGUGAAAGGGUUGUGGUCAAGAAGGGUGAGAAGGUACGAAUCUCCAUGUGUGGCAUGCAACGAGAUCCGAGGUAUUACGAAAAUCCAAAUGUUUUUGAUCCCGAGCGUUUUAGUGCGGAGAAUAAGGGGAAAAUUGAGAAUGGUACAUAUAUGCCAUUUGGUUUGGGUCCACGUAAUUGUAUUGGAAACCGUUUCGCCAUUUUGGAGGUGAAAACUUUUCUCUAUUAUCUAUUGCGUGAUUACAGUUUGGAACCCUGCGCCAAGUCCUGUGUACCUCUGGUCUUGGAUCCCACCAGUAUACAGCUGCUACCCAAGGGCGGUUUUUGGUUGAAAUUGAAACCAAGAAAAGCUUAACCUCUUAUGUUGGGUGUUAGAUCGAUAAGCAACUUGAAAAAAUGUUGAGAACUUAUAUAGUAUUAUAAGCUU